GGUCUUACAGGCUCGCAACUUUCUUUAAUCACACUUGAGAAAUAAGAAUCUCCUAUCGCCAGGGCUCAAUUGAUAUCGAUUCCCUUUGUCGUACUCUCACCUUAGAUAUUCCACCCAGAAAGGAUUCCUCAACGGGUAUUAAAAAAGCAAUCAUGUCUAAACGGAACCAUUUUCAUCAUUACUCCCGCUCAACGGAGCCACCAGAAAUUAUCCGACGUCAUCAUCGAAACCUGCCAGGCCGCGCGGUGCAGAUCGGUCGUAUCCGUGCCGGUGCCCACUAUAAACGCUUCAAAGAAAUCGUCGCCGAAGUAGAAGAAAAAAGUAAGAGGAAAUGUGCCGAGAAGCAUCUCUACUGGAUAAGUCGAAUUAUCACCAAAUCCUGCACAAACAUAGGUCAAGACGGCAAACCCGAUCCUAUAAUCGAAUGGCCGAAAAGUGUCGCAUUGCUCGAAGGAUUUUUGUUCCUCCGCAAAACGUUUCCCGAUGCAGAGGAAUUUGCAUACCGAAAACGGGGACCCAGAAAGUCCGGGAAUUUGGUGGCUUUUGCACGGAAUAGUAAAGAAAUUGCGAAAGGAAUGGCAAGGAGACUUAAUUGGUAUGUACCGGAAGAUGAUAAGAAUGGGCAAAAAGGUCCGUAUGACCACGAUGAAACUAUCCUUCAACCUGAACCCAUGACACUCCACAACGAGGCAUCUAGAAAGGCAAAAGCUGCCGAAGAAGCUGCCAAAGAGGCAGCCGAGAAAGCAGACGAGGAACUGAAAAGACUACUGAAGCGAAACCGAUAUAAAACCGAACGAGAUGAGAAGAAGCGCAGUAUCAAAGACAAGAAUCCUACAAAUCCUUACGCACGCGAAAGAAGAGAAGACGAGGAAAGUAUUGUUACAGAUAGCGAUUUUGUGGGUAACUAUAGAGAUAGAAAUGAGGCGGAUAAUGAUCCACCUCCUGAGGAAAAGCCAAGGGUUCAUCGCUAUUAUUAUGAUUCCGGAUAUGGAUCUUCUUCUUACUCGGAUUCGGAUUCGGACUCAAGUACAAGCUCUAUGUAUCCACAAUCUGUGAGAGAUAUCUACGGUGGGAGAAGGAGACAUUAUAAGAGACGUCGCAGGCAUGAAUAUUAUUGAAAUUCUCAUCGUCUGUUUCAUUAUAGGAGCGAGGAUAGUAGUGAUAUGGGGAGAGAACCGAUCGUUCAUAACUAUCCUCCGCCGCAUUGUGGGUGGUCUAGGCACGGGUAGUCACCUAUUUGAUUCUUGACGUCUUAACGAGAGGGCUGUAAAUCAUCUGGAUA